AUGCUAAAAGUACAUAUUAUUAAAACAUGGAAAGGAUUCAUAAAACGUCAACCUUUUUCAAGUGUCCUAUAUGAACAGAAAAGAAAAGAAUAUGUAAGCCCCCCUUUUGAAAAGAAUAAAGAUAAAUUUAAAAAAAACACAAAAUUUAAAGAAGAGCUUUAUAAAUAUCACUAUGAAGAAUAUAUAGAUUGUGUAAAUAGUAGGCCUAUUUUAUAUCUGAAAGAUGAAGAAAUAUAUGAACAUGAACAUGAAGAUAACGUAGAAACGUCUCAUAAUAAUAGUAAUAAUAAUAAAAAAAAAAAAAAAAAAAACACACAUGAUAAAAGGUUAAAAAGAAAUAUUCCAUUUAUAUAUAGUAAUGAAAUACAAAAUUUAGAAGAAUUAAAAAAAAAUCCUUUCGUCUUAGUUAAUGUAAAGAAUAUGAAAAAUGAAUCUUUCGGAGUAGCUACAUUUAAUCCUUAUUCUUUAAUUAGCGCAAGGAUUAUUAGUAACAAUACUCUUUUUUCAAUAAAUAUUAAUUUUUUUAUAGAAAAAAUUAAAAAUUCUUUACAAUGGAGAUAUAAAUUAAUGACAAAUCAUGAAAAUCAAGAAAAUGAUAUACAUUCUUCCUCUCAUAAUGUAAAUAAUGAAAACAUAAAAGAAUUUAUUAAUUUUGAUGAGCAACAAAAUAAAAUAAAUAAUUCAACAGAAAAUCAUAUACAUACAUACACAUAUCAUACACUCAAUCCUAAACUUUGUUAUAGAUUAAUUAAUGCAGAAGGUGAUAAUAUUCCAGGUCUUAUUAUAGACAGAUAUGAUGAUUUUUUUUCAAUACAACAUAUUACAUUAGGAUGUGAAAUGCUUGCUUACAAUAUUAAUCAUGCUAUUCUAGAACUACUAAAUCCAAAAGCCAUCAUUUUUAGAAAUGAUAUUAAAGAGAGAUUAAAUGAAAAAUUAGAAAUUUACAAAAAAGUACUGUUUGGAAAAGUACCUGAACAAGUCAGGCUAAUAGAAAAUAAAUGUUUUUUUUUAAUUGAUUUAAUAAAUUCUCCAAACACUGGUUGGUUUUUUAAUAGAAAAGAAUUGAGAAAACUUGUGUGUAAUUAUGCAAAUCAGAAACAAGUUCUUGAUCUCUUUUCUUAUGUAGGUUGCUUUGGUAUUCAAUGUUCAAAAAUUGGAAAUGCCAAAUAUGUUAUCUGUGUUGAAAAAAAUAGCUAUUUUGUUGAACUAGCCAUAAAAUCAGCCAACCUGAACAAUUUAAAAUAUAAUGUUAAAAUGAAUAGUUCACAAAAUGAUACUAAUAAUCAAAAUAUAUCCAAUCGAGAAUAUAAUAGUAGUAUAGAUAACACAAAUUGUAAUAUAUCAUUUUUAUGUCAAGAUGCUUUAGAGUUCUUGAAAAAUUGUAAACAAUUAUUUGACAUAAUAAUAUUAGACCCACCUAAUUUAAUUCCGAAAUCAAAAUUUCUUGAAUCUGGAACCAAACGAUAUAUCGAUUUAAUUCGUUUGGCUCAAAAUUGUGUGGCCCCCAAUGGACUCAUAUUAAUAACCUUUACAACAAAAUUAUGUUCAUAUCAAGAUUAUAUUAAUAUAAUUAAUACGUCAUUUGUUGAAACUAAUAAAAAUGUAAAAAUUGUCGGACAAGGUAGAGCAUCCCCAGAUCACCCUAUUAAUUUGUCCUUAUAUGUAUAUGCAGAUUUUUAUUGGUUUCUUAUUCAAUUAGAUUAUUAA